UUUUGUGUGAGAGUGUGCUGGUUGUGGUGGGUGCAGGCGGAGGAUAGGGUGGGAAGGAAGCUAUCUUAGAUGUAUACCGGCAUUUUUUUUAAGGUAGUGGAGGCUUGUUCACACUACACCGGGCAUUUUGGUUACAAGAGCUCAACCCCUUAUAUGCCACAUCUGAGUAUCAUUUAUCGGGAUUUAUCCAAUGAGGAGAAAAAGAAAGCUCAAGAGAAAGCCAACAUGCUUGAUGAAAGCAUCAAUAGCCUCAACUUCCAGAUAAGCAGCCUUGCUUUGUACGAAACAGACAUUGAAGACAUGACUCUGAAAUUCUGGAAGAAGAUAGUUGAAUUCAAUCUUGACACUAAUUAGGUACAGAAAUGCUUCCACAUUUGAAAAAAGACUUGUUAUUUGCUCCUCUUUCAGUAACUGAAAGUGAAUGCAAAACUUGCUAAGUUCUCUUACUUUGGCACUCUUGUAACUUGAGUUUGUCAACUUAUAGCUAAGGUUGUCAUACAGGAUAGGUAUUCUGUAUUGUUUUUUAUUUUACGUAUCGGAUACA